AUUUUGCGUGGUGGAGCAACAUUCUUCUAGCAGCUCACGGCCAAAGAUAUUGCCAUUUCAUUGGCGCCAAACCACGAAGUAAAAAACGAAGACCCCUGAAAGAAACAAUAAAACCAUGGCGACAAUGAUUCCUUCAAGCAAGAGUAUGCAUUUGCCAAGAUUGGCGUUGCUAGCCAUUCUGCUGUGUUCAAGUCUGCACUUUUCUCUUGCUGGUAGGAUCCCGACGACCAGAACAUAUGUUCGAGGUAGAAGCCGAGGCACUGUAUCCCUCAGACAUCGCAGUCUACUUCACCCCAUGCACCAUGGUCACGGAGGAACGUCGUAUCUAGGAUGCCUCAACUAUACAGACACGGAACUUUCAUCGGAAUGGAAGUUCUCUGGGAAUGCUCCCGACUGUUCCUAUGUCAGCUACGGGUAAGUUCUCGCAUCGUUUUCUGUUGUGAAAACCUUGCAUCAUUCGUUGUCACAAAUUUUC